AUGGCAUGUCAAAUACUUGCUGAAGUUCUAGAAAAAAUUUUAGAAAAUCUAGAUGAUGAUAAAAAUACAUUAUUUUCUUGUAUGUUAGUAAACCGUUACUGGUGUAAAUUUGCCGCUCGAAUUCUCUGGUCAAAACCUUUCCAUCUUUCUUAUUCUCCAAAGCUUGUUCGUUCUUACCUUCCAUUUUUCCCUCCUGAUUCAAAUGCAACUAUCGGCCUCCAAUCGGUUCAAAAAUUCCAACCUCCAUUAUUUGAUUAUCCUUCGUUCAUACGUAGAAUUUCAGUAUACUACAUGUGUUGUGGAAUAAGAUCCUAUAUCUUAGACAUUCAAUUUCGUGAUCAAGGUGAAACAAAACAACGUCGAUACACUGAUGCUGAAUGGAUUUUAUUUACUCGCCAAACUCAAAAUCUAUCUCGAGAAUUAUUCAAACUAUUUUUAACUAGAUCGCCAAAUAUACUUAGUCUCAAUCUAGCAAUGCAAGAACGUGACUUUUGUUUACGUGAAAACCCAAACAAGUUUCUUGCGUUAGAUCGUUACAAAUCUGCAAAGUUUGCAUUAAGUAAACUGCGUCAAUUUAGCUCGGGUGGUGAAGGCAAACGAUUUUAUGAGAUCUUGUCGAAAUAUUGUCAUAAUAUUAGAUCAUUCAACAUAAUUUAUAAUUUUGGUGAUUACUGUAAAUUUGAGAAUCUAAUUAAAUCACAACGACGUUUAGAACAUUUACAAAUUCAUCAUAUGUCUUCGCUCAAGGAAAUAUUAAAUUCCUUAGAAACUCAAUCUAUGUCUCUACGAACUUUAGAAUUUUGGGAUUGCGUUUUUACUGAUGCAUCUCUAGAUAGUAUCUCCAAAUGUUGUAAACUUGAAAGAAUCGUAUUUCAUUAUUGUUCAAAUUUAACUGCAGAACUAUUAUACCCGUUAGGUUUUGCCAAAUUUCCAAAUAUUACAACUAUUUAUUUUAAAUUUAAAGAGCAUCUUGAUCAUAAGGACAGGCCAAUAGAUGAACUAGCAAACCUGAUAGAAAAUUCAAAAUCAACUUUAACGGAAGUAUAUGUACAGGGUAUUGGAUACCCAUCUAUGAGAAUCUUUCAAGCAAUAGUAAAUUGUAAAAAUCUACAAAAACUUUCAAUCCAGAUUCAGACAUUGGGUGAAUUUCCAUUAUUAUUGCAUAUUAUGAAAAGUUGUACCAAAUUACAUUCGAUUUCUGUGCAAGAGAAUCCAAAAUUUUUUGUAGAGAAUUUUUUCUUACCUCCAACUUCUAGUGGUUCAGUUGGAAAUUCAAUGGACUCGUAUUUGGAUGCAAACGAAUUCUUACCUCAAAUUUCUCAAAUUCUUAGUGAAGAAGUUCGUCAUCUAGUAUUGAAUUUGCCUAAUUGUUGGAUCACACCCGAAACUUUACGAGAAUUUUUGAAUAAUUGUAAAGCAAAUCUAGAAUAUAUUCGAUGGCAAAGUUUUGAUAAUAUUCAGUUGUUUGUGGUGAUUGUUGAAGAAUAUGGAAGGAGAGAAGGAAAAGAAAUAAAAUAUGGAAAUUGGAAAUGGGAACAGUUUAGAAAUAAUGUGGGUCCUAUUACCCUGGAUGUUGAAUUUCAUAAACGUGAUGUUAAGCCCUAUAGGUAA